GAGAAACGCGGGCAGCCAAGGCGAUUCUCAGGAUAUGAAAUACUUAAUCAAGUUCAAGACCUUGAGGGGAUUUGUUUAACAAAAUGUCCAAAAGCGAAAGUGAAGAUAUCAAAUGAUGAAAGAGGAGACAAUUGGAAAAAAAAAAGUAUCUUUUUCGAUCUCCCAUAUUGGAAGACACUUUUGCUUCGUCAUAAUUUAGACGUCAUGCACAUUGAGAAGAAUGUCUGCGAUAAUGUGCUUGGGACAAUCAUGGAUUUGAAGGGAAAGACUAAAGAUACUAUGAAAGCUCGUCUCGACCUAGAGGAGAUGAAACUGAAACUAGAAUUACAUCCCAAUCGAGAAGGAGGGAAGUUAAUUAUGCCGCGAGCAAAAUAUACGUUGCUGCGAGAUGGAAAACAUAAGUUCUGCCAAUUUUUGAAGAGAAUGAAGGUUCCUGAUGGCUUCUCAUCUAAUGUAUCUCAUUGCGUGAAUGUGGAUGAACAUAAUACAUCAGGUUUAAAAAGCCAUGAUUGUCAUGUUCUUCUACAACAUCUUAUUCCACUUGGAAUUAGAGGUCUUUUACCAAAAGAUGUGUAUGAUCCUCUUGUAGAAUUGUCACUCUACUUCAAAAGAUUGUGUUCAAAAUCAUUGAAGGCAGAAGAGUUGGAUGAAAUAAGAGCAAAAUUUCCAAGCACUCUUUGUAAACUUGAGAUGAUCUUCCCUCAUGCAUUUUUUGAUGUUAUGGUGCAUCUACCAGUACAUUUGGCUGAUGAGGCUAUGAUUGGGGGGCCAGUUCAAUUCAGGUGGAUGUAUCCUAUAGAGCGGUACUUGCAUGAUUUAAAGUCAUAUGUUCGAAAUAGAACGCACCCUGAGGCUUCCAUUGCAGAAGGAUAUAUUGCUUCAGAAUGUAUGACUCUUUGCUCCAGGUACUUGAAUGGUAUCCAAACAAAGUUCAAUAGGGUGGACAGGAAUUAUGAUGGAAAUGAUUUGUCCGAGUUUCUGGAAUUUUCACAAGUCGGCCGAUUCUUGGGUAGUAAUGACAAUGUUCGUAGGUUGAGUCCAAAGGAAUUAGAGCAAGCUCACAUAUAUGUGAUGAAGAACUCAGAAGAAGUGCAACCAUUUUUCGAAGAAUUUCGACAGCUUUGUGAGAAUGAC